UAUCUUUGCUUUUGCUUCUAAGGUAGAAUGUAAAUAUUUUGAUUUGAACACGUGCUUCAGUUCGUGUUAAUUGUUUGGCGGUGUUUUACAGUUCGUGUGUAACUGUGCUGUUACAGAUGUAGUCGAGAGGUUGUCCACCAUGUCGUACAAGCGAGAUUCGAAUAUAUUUGCCGGUUGUCUUUUAGGAACUUUUAAAGGACUGCAGUUUCAUGGAGAUGAAAGUGAAUGGAAAGUAUUUGCAAAAAACUUGCAGAAAGUUGGGUCCCUGCAAAAAGAUAAUGGAAUCACACAUUUGAGCUGGGGUGAUGACGAUGAAGUGGACAUUCUAAUAGGGCUGAAGAACAAGACUGUAAAGACAUACGACACUGAUUACAAGGCUUUCACAAGUUCUGUUAAUGUUGAAUAUGGGGAAGGUCAGAUUUGUGGUCUAAGCAAAUAUGAUAGAUGUCUCUUAACUGCUGUUGAAUCAGGACAUAUAAGAGUAUGGAGAUUUAAGGAAAAAGAAGGUGAUAUGUUUAAUUCUGGAUGCCCAAUUCAGAAAAUGAAACACAGUAAAGUAAAUAAAAAUAUAGUGGCAUUUGGCAGCAAAAAUCAUGCAGAUUUGAAACUGCUUGAUUUAAAUACAAAGCAGUAUACUUUCAUAUCAAAAAAUGUAAGAAAGAAUGAGCUUGAGCUGCAAGUUCCAAUUUGGCCAUCUGAUCUUGUUUUUCUACCAGAUGGUGACCGCAGUGUGGCUGUUUGUACAAAAUAUGGACAGGUACGUCUUUAUGACACAAAAGGGCCAGCAAAACGACCAGUACUCAGUGUUGAUAUUCCACUGGGAAGUCUUCCCUCUAAGUCCUCUAUUGGGAGAGAAAUGUGCAGCCUUACAUGCAUGUCAUCUACCAUGAAGGACAGGUGUGUGGUUGUUGGCAGCGGGAGGGGACAGAUGAAACUGAUUGACUUCCGUGGCAAAAGUCAUAUUGCAAAGUCUUAUAAAGGGCCAGUUGGGGGCAUUCGAUCCAUUGCUUGCAGUGCUACUGAACCAUAUGUAGUCAGUGUGAGUUUAGACAGAUACUUGCGUAUACAUCACCUGGAUGAAGCUAAACCUCUUUAUCAGGGGUACCAAAAAAUGAAACUUAAUUGUGUCCUGGUGAGGUCUCAGAUGAUACUCCCAGACAUUAAAGAAGAAGAAGAAAAACAAAAUGAUCAAAAAGUGGAUAGUGAUGAUGAUAUUCAAAUUGUCGCUGAAUAUGACAGUCUCUUUGAUGACAUGGCUGUUCUUGAGGAAACUUGAUAUGUUGUGUCUAUAAUAUUUACAUGUGUGUUGGACGUUCUGUGCAUCUCUGUGUUUCCUUAUUAGGAGAAAACCAAGUCAGGUGACUUAUUUAUGUUUCAAAUGUGUAAUUUAGAAUGUUUGUAAUUAAACAUUUAGCACAUUUGUUGUAAUAAAUACAACUGUGAUGAUUGUUUGAUCAACAGAUAUUUGUAUCAUAUAUGUGUAAUAAAGUGUGAAACUGCUGUACGAAAUA